CUCUGGGAACCCUGCCACGAGAAAGACGUCGCCAUCGUUCAUCCUCUCGGUCGCAGUCAAUAAUUGUGAAAUUUUUCUUCGCUUUGCAGUUGAAGAAAUAUAGGUAUUUUGAUAAUAUUUCUGUCUACAACUGCUGGAGCUCAUUGAAAAAAUUCUGAAAGUGUAGAUAAAUUAGUGAAGUUUCAGUUUUGUGCUUAAAAAAAUCUCGAGUCAGUCUCGCCUAGGGUGGGCAAUUGCAAGAAAGCAGUCCGCUAUAGGAGACAAAGAUGGCUGCUCUACCCCGUAGAAUAAUCAAGGAAACACAGCGCUUAAUGCAAGAACCCGUUCCAGGGAUCAGCGCCGUUCCAGAUGAGCAAAAUGCUCGCUACUUUCAUGUGAUUGUCUUUGGGCCGGAGGAUUCCCCAUUCGAAGGGGGCUUAUUCAAAUUAGAAUUGUUCCUACCAGAAGAUUAUCCAAUGUCGGCACCAAAAGUGCGAUUCAUAACGAAAAUCUAUCAUCCGAACAUUGAUCGACUGGGUCGCAUAUGUCUAGACAUUUUAAAGGACAAAUGGAGUCCAGCACUGCAGAUUCGAACUGUGCUGCUGUCUAUUCAAGCCUUGCUAAGUGCCCCAAACCCGGAUGAUCCCCUUGCCAACGACGUCGCCGAACUGUGGAAGGUUAACGAAGCGGAAGCAAUCCGGAACGCUAAGGAAUGGACUCAGCGAUACGCGAUUGUGGACAACUAAGCAAAAUAGAUCGGAACAAGAGCAACAUUUUAUUAAAUUAAUUUUAUAAAAGAAAAUCUGAAUAACAAAUGUACACAGAAUAGAAUGGUAAUAUUCCCCGGCGAAUUAAAAGCGAUGACAGGAGUAGCGUGUUAUUACUAAUAGAGCGUGAGUGCAAAAUAAAGAAAAUGUGGAGAACCCGUUUGGUGUAAUCAAAGUUUCAUAAAAACCAACAAACACAAAAAAAAAAUUGUAUCAGGCACCCGUAAAACAAAAGAAAAAAAACUGCUAUAAUGAAAAGCUGCGAGGAUGAAAUCAAAAUCAAGACAACAAAGAAUAUGCAAUGUGUGAACAGCAGCUCGGCAGCACCAUAACAUAGCUAAUAACCAGCAAAAGCAGCAGCAGCAGUUUUCUUUUGAUUGAUUUUCUCCCUAUUUUCUAAAAGAAUGUUCAACAGCUUGAACCGCAUUAUAAAUUAAAGAUUGUACAUUAUACGAGCACGGGAAACUCAUUUAUUUCCAACAAUUAUGCGAGAAUGGUCUCAAUCUCUACCGGUAUAUUUCAGUAUGGUGCGUUAAUCGGAUGCCGCAGUCUAAUAGUAUGGUAAAAUUUAAAUUAUUUCACCACAGAAACGCAGAAAAGUUAUUGAAACAAAUUUAAACAAUAAAAAAGCAGCGUAAGUUAUGAAAACAA